AUGAGUAUAGUAGUUGCUGAAGCUUUUCAUAUCACAAGACAUUUACGUCCAGUUCCUAUUUCAAAACAAACUGCUUUGGAUAUGUAUUUAGCUGAACCAAGCCCUAAUUUUGGUUAUGAAAUUAUCAAUAAAUUCACUGGUUUUGGUUAUACUGCUAUACUAUUAAAUAUGACUUCGGUAACAUAUUUAACUUCGGUUGAAGUUACAUGCUCAAACUGGUGGCACUAUUUAGUUAUUGUUGUCCCAGAAUAUAUCAAUCCAGCUUAUGCUGACAAAGCUGUUAUGUUAAUUGCUGGCGGUUCACGGUACUCUGGACAACCGAAUGCAACAUCAGCUGAUGUUAAAUUAUUUAGUGCUAUUAGUACCGGUAUCGGUGCUGUAGGUGUAAUAUUGGGUGAGAUCCCAAAUCAACCUUGUGUAUUUGCUGUUGAUCCUUUACAUCUAGACCGUACUGAAGACGAUAUUAUUGCGUUUGGUUGGCGAAUGUUUUUAAACGAUUCAAGUCGACCAGAUUGGUUAGUCCGACUUCCUAUGAUCAAAUCUGCUGUAUUAGCCAUGGAUGCAGUUCAAGAAUAUUUAAAUGUUACGAAUAAUAUCCAUAUUUCUGAAUUCAUUACCGCCGGGGCUAGUAAACGUGGCUGGACCACAUGGCUAACGGGUGCUGUUGAUUCUCGUGUAAUUGGAAUUAUUCCUAUUGUUAUGGAUGAAUUAAAUUUUUUAGCCAAUAUUAAACAUCAUUAUCAAGCC